CUGAACGCCGGGCCGAGGCAGGUGAUGAUUCGAAAACAGGUCCGAGAAUCAUCUGCAUGAAGAUAAUGAUGAGAUCCCCAAGUGCGCAUUUAGAGCUAGUAUAAACAGAGAUGGGGGCCCCGGGGGAUCCCCACAGUUACCCGGUCUGGCCUGGGUGAAGUUAAUGCAAAGGAGACAGAGAAGAAGCAGCCAGGCACGCCGGUGAAAGGUUCUGCUGAUUCUUGAAGGGCAUGGUCCCAGCCAUCCUCACAACUGGAGCCCAGGAGUCAGUGACCUUCAAGGAUGUGGCUGUGGAGUUCACCGGGGAGGAAUGGAGACAACUGGACCGUGCUCAGAGGAGCUUGUUCAGGGAUGUGAUGCUGGAGAACUACAGGAACCUGGUCUCCCUGGGGCUUACAGUUGCCAAACCAAAUCUCAUCUUCCUGUUGGAGAGAGGAGAAGCACCAUGGACUUUGCAGAGACAAAUCCCAGGAGGCACCUCUUCAGGAGGGAGACCAACCAUCACUUUGAGCAGAGGCAGUAAUCACUUGGCUUUGGCAGAAAGCAAACAUCCCACACUCAGUUGUUUGAAGAAUUUAGUAUUGUCAGUCACAUGGAUGAAAAUUGGUUACCAAAAUGGAGGAACCAAUUCACAGGUCCACCAACAGUAUCUUAGUAUGUUCGAGUUAACUGUGCCCUCCAAAGACUGCCCUUGUUGGGACCCUAGGUAUGAAGCAACUGAAAUUCCAGUAUGGGAUAUUUCUUUGGGAGAGUCAUCCAAGGAAAGACUCAAAAAGGAUUAUUCCAAGAAUUGUAAGUUACGAGAAAAUUCAGAAUCCGAUGGUGGAUUAGAGCAACAAGAUAGCCAAAACGUCUCAAAGCAGAUAACAGUCAUAGAGAGGAACUCUCCUACUUUAAAAGCCAGUCAAUGUGAUAUAUUUGGAAAAGGUUUUGGUGUGGGGAUGCUUCUGAUUACACAAAAGAGAAUUCGAACCGGAAAAUAUUUAAGCAAAUGUGAUACACGUGAAACGAACCUCAAACAGCAGUCAGAUGAAAGGCAGCAUAAUGAACUCUUUUCUGAGAAGCUUAGCAGCAAAUCUAAAUACAGUAAGUCAUUCAGUUGCUGUUCAGAACUUACUGAACAUCACAGAAUAUAUACUGGAGAAAAACCACGUGAAUGUAAUGAAUGUGGGAAGUCCUUUGACAGGAGUGGAUCUCCUGCUGACCAUAAGAGAGUUCAUACUGGAGAGAAGCCCUUUGAAUGUAAUGACUGUGGAAAAUCCUUUCGAUGGAAUGGAGAGCUAAUUGCACAUCAGAGAAUUCAUACUGGAGAGAAACCCUUUGAAUGUAAUGACUGUGGGAAAUCAUUUACAUGGAGUGGACAGCUUACUGAACACAAAAGGAUUCACACUGGAGAGAAACCAUUUAAAUGUAGAGAAUGUGGGAAAUCCUUUAACCGUGGUGGACACCUAACUAGACAUAAGCGAAUCCAUACUGGAGAGAAACCCUUUAAAUGUAGUGAGUGUGGGAAAUGCUUUAUCCGGAGUUGGCAGCUUACCACACAUAAGAGGAUUCAUACUGGAGAAAAACCCUUUGAAUGUGGUGAGUGUGGGAAGUGCUUUAUUCAGUGUGGAGACCUCACUAGACAUAAGAGAAUUCAUACUGGAUUGAAACCCUUCGAAUGUAACGAAUGUGGAAAAUCCUUUAGCUGGAAGCAAGAGCUUACUGCACAUAUGAGAAUUCAUACUGGAGAGAGACCUUUUGAAUGUCAUGAAUGUGGGAAAUCCUUCAGGUGGAGACAGCAAUUUACUGCACAUAAGAGAAUUCAUACUGGAGAGAAACUCCUUUGAAUGGAAUGAAGGUGCUAGAGUCUUUAGCUGACAUUAAGACCUUACCAAACAUAAAAAAAUUCCUAUCGGAGAAACAUCUUUUGAGUGUGUUAAGUGUGAGAAAUAUUUUGGCUCGAGUGGGCACCUUACUAAUCCUUUUGGCCAGAUUGGAUUGAAACUUCACUUAUGCUACUGAAUAUAAACAGUCUUUAGCUCACAUCAGGACCUUUCUGAGCAUAAGAGGAUUCAUAUGAGGGAGAAAGCUCUCCUGGAGAACAUCUGUUUAAUUGGAUUAUACAUUGCCUUGGAAUGACCACAUCCAGUACCACCUUUUUAUGCCACUUAUAAGGUGUUAAUAACAAUUUUUUAUUGUUAUUAGACAGUUACUGUGAUUUCAUUUGUUUAGGAAACUCCUUCAGCCAGUGCAUCUCAGUACCUGCUCUGCAACUUAAGAGUCUUAUAGAGAUUUGGGGGGGGGGGGGGGAAGGACAGAGAUGUCAUACUUAACUAGAAUCACAGCUAAUACAUCAAAGGUGGGACUUGAACCCAGUCCUUACUGCCUUUUUAAGUCAAGUCUUUGUCCAUUACACAGGGCUCCCACUCCAACUUUAAAUAUAUUUAAUUUAAAAAGCUCUGAAAACUUUUAGAGUCAUAAAUCAUGUUCCUUUUGGUUAGUAGGAAGAAGCCUAGUGAUUACUUCUAAUAGAGUCAGUUUUAUUUGAUGGAAAAAAAAAAGGUGUGAAAAGAGAGACAAAAACCAGGAAUGCCCUUUAAUUAAUAUAUAUAUAUAUAUAUAUAUAUAUGGAUGGAUUUUUAAGUAUUACCUGCAUUUCCCACUUUGUCUUGACUCCACUCCAUCCCAGAGAAUUAUCUCUUAGAACAGAACAAAACCAAAACAAAGCAUUGAAAAAAGUCUGAUAUUACAUUUGACAUUCCACACAUACUUAGCUUACUGCACACUCUGCAAAGAAGCACUGGUAGGUGUCUUCUCAUCUCAUCUUUAUGAUCAAGUUUUGUCAUUAAAAUUUCGUAGCUUUCAAUUUUGGUUAUUUUGUUAUUCUUUGCACUUAAAUUGUUAGAAACAUUGUGUAUGUCAUUUUCCUGGGUCUGCCUAUUUCACUGUGUAAGUUCAUGACUUUUCAUGCUCCUCUGUAGUCAUUCAUCAUUCUCUCUAGCACAUUAUUCUUCAUGUAUAACAAUUUCUUUAGUCAUUCUCCAGUCAGUGGGUAUCCACUUUGUUUCUAGUUCUCCAUAGCCACAAAAAGUGACUAUAUAAAUAUCUUAAUGUGGAAAGGUAUAUGAAGUACUUCUGGAACAAAAUUUACCGUGCAUCAUGUGAAUCUUUUAAAAAUGCAGCAAUUGCAAUCAUAUUAUUAGACAAAACAAAAAUAAAACUUCAUCAAUAGAAACAAGGAAAUUAUGUUUAAAAGAACCAUAGAUUAAGAACCAAUAUAAAUAUUAAACACAUGCCAAAUGUCAAAUAAAUGUAAAAAAUCAAAUACUAAAUAUCCUUCAUACACCAUAACAAUAUAAACAUAAUACUUGGGGCACAAAGUAAUAGAGAUUCAAAUGGAAAUAAUGAAAUUCAAAACAAUGAGUGGGUCAAAACAAAUCAUUGAAAUGAUAAGUGAAACAAUAAAAUUAAUUCUUUGAAAAUUAACAAGCCAUUAACCAGCCUGAUUAAAAAGGAAAAUAAUUUUUUAGAAAAUUAUCAAGAUAAGUAACUUCUGGUCAAGAAGGCAGCCUCAAUAAGAGGCUACCACCCAUCUCCCACAUAACUCUACUCCAGCAAAAUUAGCAAAACUCUGAAAUUGGCAUCAAGACCAAAUGAUUAGAAAAUCCAAUGAGAAACUGGAAAUCUUCCACCCCAAAACUACACAAAAAGUUAGCGAGCAGUCCAACGGGCAAUAGGAAAUGACCAUUUACCCCUACACCUCCCAAAAAACUAGCUCCUGCUAGCAUGAUUAGAGUUAGAUGUAGCCUACAAGGCUCCCAAGAAAGAGUGGAUGGCUCCUCUGAGAAAGUGUCAGGGUGGUCAGAAAGCCACAGGCUAGGGACUUUGCAAGUCUUCACAGCCAGCAGAGACUGACCAGCAUAGCUCCAACCAGGGUAGCAUCCUAGUGCUCAAACCAGAACAUUCCAUGCCAAGGGCUCUGAGUUCCAUAACAAUGUCCUGAAAUUCCAAAGAGAGACAUGAAGAUCUAUUCUGAACUUUAAAGAUCCUUGUGGGUCUAACUCCAGGAAAUUCAGAUCACUACAAGAACCCAGGACACUUGGGGUGACACAAAACAGGGUUGACCAUAACACUCAACAGUACAGCAGAAAAUUGAGAAUGACCCUAAUACAGUCAUAAUUUAAGACCUAAAGCUGGAGAGAGAAUUAAAUUAAAGACCUACCAGACACCUACUAGAAUCAAGAAUUUUUGCAAUCAGGAGAUCCCCCAAAAGAAGUUUCUUAACUACUAUAAGAAGGACCAAAAAAAAGCCUUUUUCCCCCCCCCAAACAAGGGCUACAGGAUUAUUUUAAGCAAGAGAUUUUUAAAAAAUACUCAAGGCAAGAAUAGGCAGGAGAAGAAGUAGGUUAGGGGGGGAAAAGUAGCAAAUAUUACCCAAGAAAUGGAAUCCCUGAAAACUAGAAUAAACAAAUGGGUGACUUCAUGAGACAGGGAAAAAAAAUAGAACAAAAUCAGAAGACUGAAAAAGGGAACAAUAUUUAAGAUACCUGAUAUUAAAAAGUGGACCUAGGAAACUGAUCAGGAAGAGAUCAUUUAGAAAUCAUUGGACUCCUUGAAAACCAUGAUUUUUUUUUUUUAAUGUACUCUAUAUCUCAAAGAAUCUCUUAGAAUCAGAAGACAAAAUGAAGAUAAAAUCCUAAAAGGCAACAGAUAAUAGAUUUAUAGCUAAGAAUACCUUGUACUGCAAAGCCAGACAUAGUCCUACUGGGAGGAAAAUGGAUCUUUGAUAGAAUAGAGAACUUUGAGUGUCUGACCAAAAAAAAAAAAAAAAAAA